GCGACCAAAGGACGCGAACUGGCAACCUCAUUCUUCUCUCUUAACCCAAUCCGACGCAACAUAACAGAUCGGAAACACAGGAAGGCAGAUAGAUGCCAGCAGCAAGGAGACGCUGUGGAGGAGGGUAUGCGUCGCCCACGCCGGGCGAUCCGUUCUCUGGAAGCCACAAGCUUCCGCGGCUGUCCCCGCCCUCCGCUGCCGCCUCGUUCUUGCUGCUGCAUAUGACCGCAACUCCUCUCUACUCUUCCGUGUCCGGUGAUGGAUCGUUGAAGAAGAGAGUGGUGGAUGUGAUGCCGAUCGCCACUGGACUCGAGCGCGAGGAGCUCGAGGGGAAGAAGCGUUUCGAUGUGGAUGCUCCGGCGGGCCCUUUUGGCACUAAGAAGGUGACAUUCUUAUUAUGAGUGGCUGGUCCUUGAACCACCUCUUAUGGCCUCUUCAGAGAUAUUGGGAGGCCCCACCUUGGCUGGCCUUAGACGAAGGAAGCACCUGCUGUUAAUUAGUCCUACGAUAACAAGAGAAUAAUUGGCUGUCCUGGUGGUGAAGAAGAUGAGCAUGAUGUAGUAUCGUUUUGGCUCGAGAAGGACAAGCCACAUGAAUGCCCUUUGUGCUCUCAGUACUUUUGUGCUGGAGGUGAUAGAUAGGUGGAGGAGGGGACCCAGAUGGCCAUGAUGAUGAUCACUAGGAGGUUGGAGCUGACUUCCUAAAAGAAUAAAAACGAUGAGAUUUAGUUUGAAAUACAUUUGUAGCUACAAUCAACUUUUAGGUGGUUGUUCUACUCGAUUUUCUUCAGAAAAAGAAUGCUAUGAUGUUGCCUGCCAUCGAGAUUUACAUGGCCCGAUGAUUGUUUAUUUUAACAUUGAGAAUAUUGAUGUUUUCAGCUCAUCGAUAAUAAUAGAUGGUCACUUUUUACUGUUUUUUCCA